AGACCGUUAACAUUAAGUUUAAGUCGCGUUGAUUCGGUAUUUGUUCUUCUUUGAAAUGAAAAAUUAAUAAUUUGUAAAAAAUUGUACGUUUUAUAUUAAAAAAGAAUUUUAUAAUGGAAAACUUCAACUUUCCUAAUUUGAAAAUGUACAACAACAGCAGAAAUAUAUCCGGUAUUAAAAAUUUAGCCGAAAGUGUUCCAGCGGAAAUUUUACACAUGAUAGAUCCAUAUUGGUAUCAGUAUCCUCCAAUGGAACCAAUGUGGUUUGGAAUAAUUGGUUUCGUUAUCACAGUGCUUGGUGUUAUGUCAUUAAUCGGGAACUUUGUAGUUAUUUAUGUUUUUACAUCGUCCAAACCGCUUCGCACCUCUUCGAACCUUUUCGUUGUCAAUUUAGCUGUGUCUGAUUUCUGUAUGAUGUUUACAAUGUUUCCACCAGUUGUUUUAAAUGGAUUUUAUGGAACUUGGAUUCUUGGACCUUUCUUAUGUGAACUGUAUGGGCUUUUUGGUUCACUAUUUGGCUGUGUAUCAAUUUGGACAAUGACAAUGAUUGCUCUUGAUCGAUACAAUGUUAUUGUGAAGGGUAUUACUAAAGCACCAUUGUCUAUAAAAGGAGCUAUACUUCGUUUGGCAUUCGUAUGGUUUGUUUGUGGAUGUUGGGCUCUUGUACCUUUAUUUGGAUGGAACCGAUAUGUUCCAGAGGGAAAUAUGACUGCAUGUGGAACAGACUAUUUUGCUAAGGAUUGGUUUAACAGAUCUUACAUAAUAGUAUAUUCAACAUGGGCGUAUGUGAUCCCUUUAACACUCAUCAUUUUUUCGUACUACCACAUAUUGAAGUCUGUACGAGAUCAUGAAGCUGCUAUGAGGGAACAAGCGAAAAAAAUGAAUAUUCAGUCUUUUCGAAAUGCUGACGACAAGGCGAAAUCUGUUGAAAUCAAACUGGCCAAAGUUGCGCUAUGUACAAUUGCAUUGUGGUUUCUUGCAUGGACUCCAUAUUCAAUAAUUAACUACGCAGGAAUUUUCAAUUCACUUAAUUUGUCACCAUUAAGCACUAUUUGUGGGUCAGUGUUUGCAAAGGCAAAUUCUGUUUGCAACCCUAUUGUUUAUGGAUUGAGCCACCCAAAGUAUAAACAGGUAUUAAGGGAAAAAAUGCCAUGGCUAAUAUGCGCUGACCCUCCGAGCACAGCAUCAGAUUCAAAAACCCAGGCUACCACAGAGAUAAUGGAAACUACAGCGUAAUUUUGGAUAGUUUUAAUUGAACUUUUGCGAGCUUAACUAUUAUUGAAAAACAAAUUACCGCGACGAUGUGAUCAAACGAAGUUCCUUAGUUUUACUUAAGGUUCAACUCUUAAAAAGUCUAAAAGUGGAUAAUAGGAACAAACUAUAAUCAUCUUACAGGAUUUUUAAUUAUAUUUUUAAAUUGAACAUAAAAACCUCACAAAUUUCUUUUACAUAUCUUAUAAAAAAAAUAUUUUUUUUAUUAAAAUUUAAUAAAAAUUUCGAUUCUUAAAAGAAACAAAUUA